AGAUUUUCCCCCGACGAGCCCCGGAAGGGUGCCGACAUCCUCGUGGAAGCUCUCGAGCGCGAGGGAGUCAGCGAUGUGUUCGCCUACCCGGGCGGUGCUUCCAUGGAGAUCCACCAGGCUCUCACUCGCUCCAGAACCAUCCGAAACGUCCUUCCCCGCCACGAGCAAGGCGAAGUUUUCGCCGCCGAAGGCUACGCUCGUUCCUCCGGCAAGCCUGGCGUUUGUAUCGCCACCUCCGGCCCCGGGGCCACCAAUCUCGUCAGCGGCCUCGCCGACGCUCUCCUCGACAGUGUCCCACUCGUCGCCAUUACCGGCCAGGUGCUGCGCCGCAUGAUUGGAACCGACGCCUUUCAGGAGACUCCGAUUGUUGAGGUAACUCGAUCCAUUACCAAGCACAAUUAUCUGGUUCUCGAUGUGGAUGACAUUCCUAGGGUUGUGAAAGAGGCGCCGGAGUAG